AUGGCACUGUUUCGAGCGCUAUAAAAUUUAUCACUUCGCAGAGUUUGCUUUGAGGGGUUAUAUAUUGCCACGUCUAUAAUAUUUAUUUAUUUAAUAUAAUGAAUUCUUGGGUACAAUAUAUUAAGUCCAUUCCUACGUAUAUGGACUACGAUGGUCAGGCCAGAGCAGAGAAAUUAUCAAGAGUCAUCAUAACUCUCUUUGGGGUCGUUGGUCUUAUAUGGGGAUACGUCAUUCAACAAUUCUCUCAAACUAUUUAUAUUCUAGGAGCAGGUUUUGUAAUGGCUGCAUUAAUUACAGUACCGCCAUGGCCUAUGUAUCGUCGUAAACCAUUAGAUUGGCAGAAACCACAAGCUGAAAUAGCCACAAAAUUAAAAAAGAAAAAGUAAUGGUGCAUUUAAUUUAUAUUGAUAAAAUGAUUUAAGUUUCUGUUCGACCAACUGCGAAGGCAGGAGAGACUGACAUUCCUACGUAUAAUAUAGUGUUUUAUAACUAAAUGUAGGAAGAAAAAAAAACCUGCAGCAUUUAAUAACCGAUGUACUUCAAAGUAAAUUUUUUUUAUAUUUAUCCAAAACAGUGUAAUACUUACUUUUAAAAAGAAACAUUAUAUAAUAGAAAAACUAUAUCGAAUAUAAAAAAUUAUAUUUAAA